UGUUAGUGUCAUUUUCCGACAUGACAAGACAAGGUGUCAAGUUUGGUGAACUUUGGUGAUAAUUUCUCGAUUCUCAGAAAUAUAAUUUCUCUAAAAUAUCUCUUGGAAACACAAAUUCUUAUCUCACCACAUCACUCCUAACCUGUUAAAUUGCAUACGCUUUGUGAAUGAAAGGUGAUUAUCUAGCCAAAAACAUGGCGAACAACCGGAUUCCGUCUGGCCCCAAUACACCAGGCAGUCAACAAACGCCCACACACCAGGGUAUAAAGGUGUUUAUACAGCGGGAUUACUCAGAGGGAACUGCUGUCAAGUUCCAGACCAGGUUCCCUGCGGAGCUUGAAGACAGGAUAGACAGACAGACAUUUGAAUAUACAAUGGAGCGACUGAAUGAACACUUUGAAAUGGCGGAAUCGGCGGACUGCAGUACAUACUGCGAGGGAUGCCUGGCAUGUCUCACGGCUUACUUCAUUUAUAUUUGUACGGAAACACAUUAUGAGAAGCAUCUACGAAAAGUGUCCAAGUUCAUUGCAACACAGAAUGAAAGAAUCUACAACCCGCGCGGCAUACACAUAACAGACCCAAUACUGAGAGGCUUACGGGUCAUAGAAAUUACCAUAAUCGAUCCACCCAACUGUCAGAGUCCUACAGGAAACAGUACGGGCCAGCUGAGGCACACUUGACCACCACACGAGAGCCGCGAGUUCUUCAUGUAACAUCAGCUCUGCUACUGGUUCUAGGUCUAGCCGGGGACUGAGCAGCACACAUGAUAAGGUUGAUACGUUAGAUAUUAUGUUACGGACACAAGUUUUGUAAAUUUAUAGGUUAGGAAGUGUUUUAAGUCUUUGUGGCAGAUUCAAGUGGGAAAAAAAUACUAAGUGAGAGCUUUGUAAUUGGCUAUGAUGCCUGGUUGAUUGUCACGUAUAUUUGUAUAUUGAAUGCUGAUCUAAUAGGUUUGUUUCACUAUACAAAAAAAUAGAUAAAAGUUCAGUAAAAUA